AUGGCGCAUGCUGAUGGCGUCACAGCAGGAGGAGUCUCUCAUGAUACAGGUGUACAAAGUGAUGAUCUGUAUAGGGAACUAUGGAGGGCAUGUGCAGGACCUUUAAUGGACGCUCCUCGUAACGGAGAAAGAGUUUAUUACUUUCCACAGGGUCACUUGGAGCAAUUAGAGGCGUCGACUAACCAGGAGUUGAAUCAACAAAUCCCUCGGCUCAAUCUUCCUUCGAAAAUCCUUUGUCGUGUUUGUCAUGUUAAUUUACUUGCUGAACGAGACACAGAUGAAGUUUAUGCGCAGAUCACUUUACUCCCCGAACCAGAUCGUACUGAGCCCAUCAGUCCCGACUCAUGCCUUCCCGAGCCUCCAAGGCCAAUAGUUCACUCUUUCUGUAAGACAUUGACACCUUCAGAUACUAGCACUCAUGGAGGUUUUUCCGUUCUUCGGAAGCAUGCCACCGAAUGCCUUCCUCAAUUGGAUAUGAGUCAAACAACCCCAACACAGGAUUUGGUUGUUAAAGAUCUUCAUGGAUAUGAGUGGCGAUUUAAACAUAUAUUUCGAGGUCAACCUCGGAGACACUUACUAACAACUGGAUGGAGUACGUUUGUCACCUCCAAGAGAUUAGUUGCAGGCGAUGCUUUUGUUUUCCUGAGGGGUGAAAAUGGGGAAUUGCGUGUUGGAGUUCGACAUCUUGCUCAACAACAGUGCUAUAUGCCACCUUCUAUCAUUUCCAGCCAAUGCAUGCAUCUAGGAGUGCUUGCCACUGCCUCACAUGCUAUUACGACACAAACGCUGUUUGUUGUGUACUGCAAACCAAGGACGAGCCAAUUCAUUAUUCGAUUGAACAAAUAUUUAGAGGCCAUACAUCAUGAAUUUUCUGUGGGCAUGCGUGUGAAGAUGAAAUUCAAAGAAGAUUAUCCAGACAGAAGGUUCAUAGGCACUAUAGUUGGUGUUGGAGAUAUCUCUCCGCAGUGGAAAGACUCUGAAUGGCACUCAUUGAAGAUUCAAUGGGACGAACCAGCAACCGUGCUGCGGCCAGAUAGGGUCUCUCCAUGGGAGAUAGAGCCUUUUGUAGCUUCUACUUCUGUAGACAUUGCACAACCAGCAACAAAAAUCAAAAGACUCCGUCCUCUCGAUCUGCGACAUGCUGGAUCAUCUGUGUCCGUUGAAUUAAGCCACUUAGGUAAUACCACUGAAGUCCAAACCAAUGAAAACCAAGCUUUUCAACCUCCAAAGGUGAAUUGCAAUGCUCCCAACAACAGCGACUUCUGUAGUUCUAGAUCCCACACUGGUGGAAUACAGCCACCUACUUUGCUCUUGAAUGGUUCUCUAAACCUUUUUCGAGAAUCUACAGACGAUAAUAAAAAUGUAGCAGUACAACCUGAUCUUUCCGAUUGUAGCUCUCCUGUCUCAUCAAGGGCAAGCGACCAUUUCCUUGAACAAGUUGAAAGCAGUAAAAAGUAUGAGACUUCUUCUGUCUGCCGGUUAUUUGGUGUUGAUUUGAGGAACAGUUCAUAUAUUAUCCCACCAGCGGAGAAGGAAGUGCCAUGUCCAAACAUCGAUGUCCAGGAUCCAAGUUACAGAUCAGAAGAUGAUUGGAUGAAAAAUUCCUUGUCAUCGAAAGGAAAACAAUGUGUUCAAGUGGAGGGGCUAUGGAAGGAUACACAGAGCAAACAAGAUUUUGCUUCAUCUUCAAGAACCCAUAUUAAGGUGCAUAUGCAAGGGAUUGCCGUUGGACGUGCUGUGGACUUGACCACAUUGAUGGGUUAUGAUGACCUUGUUAACGAGCUGGAGAAAAUGUUUGAGAUUAAAGAACUUCAACCUCGAGACAAAUGGGAAAUAGUUUACACCGAUAAUGAGGGGGACAUGAUGCUCGUAGGCGAUUAUCCAUGGCCGGAAUUUUGUAAGAUGGUCAGGAGAAUUUGCAUCUAUUCGAAGGAGGAAGUAAAGCAAAUGAAUCCGACAUUAAAAUUUCCAUUUUCGUCUGUAGAAGUUGAAGGCACAAUAGCAAGUUUAGAUUCAGAGACAAAAUCUGAAGCAUAG